AUGGACGCACCCCGCCUCGCCUCACCGCGCAUGCCGCGACACAACGCCCUCUCUCCCCUCCAGGCCUUCAGCCCACUGCGCGAGGACCCGCCCGUGGCCUUCUCGGGCCGGCAAGGUCGGCCACCGACCAAGACGAGCGCGGCGCCCAGCGCAGCCAACUCGUCCGCGCGAUCGCGGAGCAUCUCGGCGAUGGACCUGCCGAGCAGCGACAGCCGGCUGCGGCGCUCGCUGAACGGGCGCGAGAGGGCGUUCUCCUUUGCGAAAGGGACCCGGCGCAGGGAUGGGGAGCCUGAUGAGUGCAGCGGCAUCAUUACGAGGCUGCUGCUCGUCAAGGCGCCGAACAACGAGGGUCUGCACAAGCGCUCGCAGUCGGCCACCUCGCUGACAAACGUCGACACCUCGCCGCGCCGCUCGUCGUUUGCGGCCUCAUUCGCGCAGUCCUCAUCCGCCACCUCCCUUCCGUCCCUCGCCUCCUCUCCCCCCUCCCCGACGACGAGCAAGCACGAGCGCCAAUCCUCCCUCGGGCACGGCAAGCCCCCCUCCCGCGCUCUGGAGCCCCAGCAAGUCGUCGACCUCGCCAAGGGCCUCAUGACGCCCGUGUGCGCAAACGACGUGCCCGCAACGGGCCCGAAGCGCGUCCGCCGCAAGUCUGUGAGCGGGUACGACAUCUCGCACCCGACCCCAGAGACGGAGGCGCUGGCGCUCGAGCCAGUCGAGUAUCGCGAACUCCCUCCGGGUGCGCUGCUACCCUUCAUCAACAGGCCCGAGGAAGUGAGCGAGCUCAUCUUCACGCGCAACGUGCCCCUCGCAGACAGCUUAAAGUCGGCUCUGCCUUCUGGCGAGCUGCGCUCGACCUGGGCCGAGAUGGACGCGACGCUUUUCAACUUCUCCGAGCUGCGGACCCUCAUGACGGAGAUUGACCGGCCACAGUGUCCCGACUACGAGUGGUGUGCGCUCGUGCGUGCUGCGGUGCGCACGCACUCGGCCGCGCUGUGGGAGACACUGGGCGAGUGUCUCGGGUGCGACGCCGAGCUGAUGGUGGCGGGCGACGACCCUCUACUCUCUGAUUUCGACUCGAGUGCCGAAUCGACCCCGAGCCGGGUGUUCAUCCGCGGCCUCCCCUCCGUCGGGCCCGAGGAGAGGCGCGAGGUCGAGGCGGCUGAGCGCGCGCUGGCAUUAGAGUUCGGGGACGCCGACGACGUGACAGCAGCAUGGAGCAUGGACACGAUCGGGGAGGACGAGGCGGGCACACCCACCGCCGAAGACCCGCAGCCGAAGCGCCGCACGCCCUCCUUUGUGGGUAUCCAGAUCCUGACGCAGAACCUGUCCGACUCGCCUGCCAGCAGCCCAGUCUCCCCCGCCAGCCCGGCCUUUAUGCCCAGCCCCCUGCCCCCCUCGCCGCAGAUGGGCAUGGGCAAGUCCCCCCACAGCCCGCGCAUGCGCCAGGCCGACAUGUUCGAGCGCACGCCCGGAAACCCCCUCUUCCCGUCCAGCUUUAGCACGCUCAGCGUGCAGCCCACGCUGGGGCCGGGCAAGGCGCGCGUGCCCUCCGGCGGAUACGUGCCCGAUACGCGCAGGCGGAGCCAGGACUGGAACGCGAUCCGCGCCAGGUUGAGCGGGACGGGGCUCAGCGAGAGCGCCAUUACCUUUGUCAGCGAUAGUAGUUUGGAGGUGUAG